AUGGCCAGGCCGCUCUGCCUCUCUUCCUUCUGCCUCCACCGGAUCAGGUCCGGCGGUACUGCGUCCACUGCCGCACCGCCGUCGAUAUGCGCCAACAAGGAGGCCUCCUCCGGCGACGGCGGUGAGUUAUGCAAGUCGCUGAAGGAUGAAAAGCAGGAAGGCGAUCGAGAGGAGGCUAAUAAGAAGGGUGGCGUGGAGGCCGUCGUCGUGGGGAGGAAGGUGAUGGUGGCUGCGGACGGCGGCAGCGAGGAGGCCCGGACGGCGCUGCAGUGGGCGCUGUCGCACGCCGUCCGGCCCUGCGACACGGUGGUCCUGCUCGACGUCGUCAGGGGCGGCGGCGGCGGCGGCGGCAACGGCAAGAACCGACGCGAUCCAAGAGGGAGUAGCAGUCAGCACCUCGAGGCAAUGAGGAGCAUCUGCCAGGCCAAGAGACCAGAGGUGCGCGUGGAGCUUUCCCUGGCGGAGGGCGGCGGCAAGGACCGCGGGCCGGCGAUAGUGGAGGCAGCGAGGAAGCAGGGCGUGUCGCUCCUCGUCGUGGGGCAGAAGAAGCGGUCGUCCGUCACGUGGCGGCUGCUGUCGAUGUGGAUCGCCGGCGUCAAGGGCGGGGCCGGGGCCGGCUGCGCCAGCGCCGCCGACUACUGCGUGCAGCACGCAGCGUGCAUGGCGCUGGCCGUCCGGCGCAAGAGCCGGCGAGGCGGCGGAUACCUCAUCACCACCAGGCGGCAGAGGGAUUUCUGGCUCCUGGCUUGA